CCGCCCCUCCACGCAACAUUUCGUUAGAUUGCGCAGCACCUUCAGUCCGCAGUGGCCCUAUCUGUUUUUCCCCACGUAGCUUCUGCUUUUCCAGCUUUGGUGUUCGCCAUCAACACGUCAAGCCAAGCUUCAGAAUUCAUUUUCAACCGUCUUCACUCUCUACAGCACUCUGCAGCACCAUGCCAUCCAACGCACCAGCCCCAGCUCCAGCAACUGCGACAAAGCCUCUUUCCUUCAUGGAGAAAGUUGGCCCGCUUGUCUUCUUCUACCGGCCAUCGGAAACGUCAAGCAUAGAUGCAGCCUUCCAACCGCGACUCAUAAUCAUCUCCAGCUGGACCGACGCCAGGGAUGUUCACAUCGCUAAGUACAUAGCCAAAUAUCAGGCCCUCUAUCUUGCUGCUCAAUUACUGCUCCUGAAGAGCACCAUGGACUGCAUCGUUCGUCCCGCCCAGAUCGGUCCUGCCAUGAGAGUUGCGGCUUCUGCGGUUCGAACUGCGUUCCAGAAGCCGGUGUUGUCAUCUUCACCGCCUCCUCUCCUCGUCCAUGCAUUCUCCAACGGCGGCUCCUCUAGUAUCGCAAAUUUGUACGAGCAAUUCGCUGCCACAGCAGGCCCCGACGACGACAAGGGCCUUCCCCCCCACGUCACAAUCUUCGAUUCGUGCCCAGGGCUCUUCCGUAUCCCUCGCGCUGUGGCCUUCGUUAGUGUUGGUCUACCGUUUUUCCAGCAGCUUAUCAUUGCGCCUUUCCUCUACGCUUUCGCUGCGUUCUGGACUGCCUCGAUGACCCUAGGCUUGUUACCCAACUCCUUGGCUAGCUGGUACAAGUCGCAUAACGAACACUUGGGGAACACCGCUGAGGUACGACGAGUGUACAUCUACAGCGCUGCUGAUGCGUUGACGGACCAUAAAGAUGUUGAAACACAUGCGGCUGAGGCAAAGACUAAAGGUUUCUCCGUUACUUUGGAAAAAUAUGAGGGCUCGGCACAUGUCGCACAUCUUCGGAAGGACGAGCCUCGGUACUGGGAUAUCGUGAAGAGAACCAUAGGAAGUUGAACUUCCGAAUCCUUGAUGUAACUGCGAAAGGUUCUGAGGUUCUAGCCUGAAGGAAUAAGUGCGGUAUUUAGUUUCUCAUAGUCUUGACGUAUGUCUUCACUAGACAAGCAAAUCCAUUUGUGCUCGCUGGUGUUGACCAUACAAUGACUUCUAUUCUGCGGUCAUACCUGGAACUACUCGAGCGAUUGGAAAUAGCAAGGAGAUUUCCUCAUCGGUUUUG